AUGUCUGACGUCGAGAGCGUUGCCGACGAGGUUGUGGCCCCCGUGGAGGAGGAAGAAGAAGUCAAGGAUUUGAUGACUGCCAUCCGCAGGGUGUUGAAGAACGCUCUGAUCCACGAUGGCCUGGUCCGCGGCUUGCACGAAGUUGCAAAAGCCUUGGACGCCAAGAAGGCUCAGGUUUGCUUCCUGUCCGAGGGCUGCUCGGAACCUGCUUACAAGAAGCUCGUCCAGGGUCUGUGCAAGGAGCACGGAAUCCCUCUCCUUGAUGUUACCGAUAGCAAGGAGCUCGGCGAGUGGGCAGGACUCUGCAAAGUCGACAAGGACGGCACCGCCCGCAAGGUCGUGGGUGCUUCCUGCGUGUGCGUCACUGACUUCGGCGAGGAGAGCGAGGCUCUCACCUUCCUUCAGAACCACAUCAAGACUCUGGCUAACUAA